UCGGAAUCCAUUUUCUGCGUUGUUGUUGUGACAUUUUGGUUUUGCCCACCAGUCCUAUGAAAAGGAAUUUGAAUGGCUACAUCAUAUUAAAAAAUACGACAAAAGCGAAAAAGUGAUGUUGAAUUGUAUACAGUCUUAAAUUGUAGAGAAAAGCAAAUUUCGUUCUCCGGAGAAAUAACAUUAUGGGUUGAAAAUAGUGUGUACUAUCGGCAUUCAAUCAUAUUCAUUUCAUUACUUCACUUUAAUAUAAAACAAUGGAACUUGACGUUUCUCCUUUAAAUGCUGCAGACAACGAUAUGGAAUAUUCAGAUAAUUCAUCCGACAGUAAAUACGUUACAAAUAAUAAUGAACAAUAUUCUGUUAUACGCAUUCCCGACGAUGUCGAUAAAUCUAGUAAGCACUCCUCCAGAAAGCAAUCUAAACGAAGAAAAAAGAGCUCAAAUCACACACGACCAUUGCCCAGGAUCAUAGUGAAGCCUCUACCACCCCCGCCGCCUCCUGAAACUCGAGAAUGGACAGCCGCCACCUCGUACGCCGAUUCAAGUACAAAUUCAAGACCUUCGACUAUGCGAGAGGUGCUGGCGAGUAUACCAGGAUUUUGUUUGAAACCUCGGAAACGCAGUGGAAAGAAAUUAUCGACAGCAGCUCAGUUGCAGCAGACAAGAGAAGGCUGCAUUGACUUAGAAACACCAGAUUCAAUUUUAGUGAACACGAACAUACGAGCCCUACUUAAUAAACACACAUUUUCAUUACUUCCGCCUUUAUACCAAUACAAACUUGGACAGCUACUGCCCAGUGUGGACAGGCUUAGCCCCUCAGGCCGUUUGAACUCAUCUAGUCUUAAUAAUGAAUUUUUUGCUCGUGCCUGUCUUGAAUGGCAGGAUUGUCUCUCUGGUGGUGAGUUCACUCCAGAGAAUCAACAAAAAAUGAAGACUGAAGCUGAAAAGGAGAAAAGUAAAAUUGAUCCUUGGAAGUUAAAGCAUUUUGAACCUUUCUGGGGAGAAAAACUGAGAAAAGAAAAAUCAUCAAUUAGUUUAAAUUCGGAUCGACCAUCAUUAAAGACUACUAUCAAACUGAGGCCAACUGCCUCAAUAACAAGUAGUAGUACUGUUCCAAAGAUUAAGAAGAGUAAAUCUUCAAGUACAAGUAAAAGAAUGCGCUCUGUGGGAGCCGUCACAAGGUCAUCUGCUAAAGCUGAUGAAGGUAUAGAAGAGGCCAUGCCAACAAAUGCCAAGCCAUCAGCUCCAGUGCCUGACUUGUUGCCACUUAAGCAAAUUAAGAAUCACAACCAAGGCUAUGAAGAAUGCCAUGUAGAUUUACAUUUUUCAGAUUCAUCAUCAACACAAAGAAUGGAUGAAUCUUUUUCAACCACACCCAUUGAUCCCCUCUUACUGCCUGAAGGUGAAACAGAACGUAAUGAUUUAAAACAAGUAUUAGAUAUAAGUGUAGUGACUAUAGAAGAGUCAAGCACUUCAAAAGACUGUGAAGAAGAAAAGAUGAUAGAUUCGGAUAGUAAUUUACAUGAACCUUCAAAGAGAUUGAGUGAUGAUAAUGAAGAUUACAAUACAGCAAAGAGAAUUAGAUUUGAUGGUGAUUACGCCAUGGAUAAUGCAAGCUUUUUGCCUCACAAUCAAAAUAUGGGAAGUAACCAUUCAUCAGAUGGUGAAACACAUUAUGGCAAUGAACAAAUUUGUCCAAAUGAUGAGCUAAUGUACUCGGGACAGGAUCAUGUGGAUACGAACAGUGAAGACAGCAAGGCUACAGCUUCAAUUUAUGAGUAUGAUGAAAGGAGUGAAUCUUCAAUGUCAAGUUUAAAAAUUGAUACAAACAUAAAUAAUGCUACAACAAAUGAAUGUGUGGAAAAUGUGAAUAUGCCCUGUGACAAAGCAGUACAGGAAAUGGAGGAGACUCUUGAAAUGAAAAAGGAAGAACUCAAGAGCUCUCCAGUGCAUGAGAACCAUGAUGAUUUUAUGCAGGAGCAGUAUCAAGAUAACUUUAAAUCAGUAGAUCGCAACAUUGAAUCUCCAAUUGAUAACAAUUUGUCAAACAAUGCGCAAGAGGUGUGUCAGAACUUUGAAGUGUCCCAAGAGGUAAAAUGUGAGACGUCACAGCCUAGUCAAGAACAAGAGUUUAAAGAUGAAAAUAUACAGCCAGAAAAAUGUGAGGAUAAAGAGAGGCCACCACAGAACAUAGUGCACAAUUAUUAUGAUGAACAUUUUAAAGAUGCAGAAUCAUUUAUUUUGGAGACUGGUCUUGCCAUCCUGACAUCACAAAGCGAAGAUGUAAAAUAUACGUCACAUCCAAACCUAAUGGAGUUAUCGUCGUACAUGAGUGAAACUAAUGUUACUGCGGUUGUUACAAUGCCGUUGACGCAUAACUCUUCGAUACCUAUGAUGGAAGUGACAAAUACAUCGAUGGUAUCGUAUCCAGAUGACAGCAUGCAAGACGCUGCUAAACCAAAAACGUCGGCGGUAACGUGGAAGAGUGAAAACGACUGGCCCAACAAUGAAAACGUGAUGACUCUGAACACAUUCACAAACCUGAACACGGACAAUGCGAAAUACGUUAGCGAAGACUCCAAGACGAGUAUGGAAGAUGUUAACGCUAACGACGAACACUGCCUAUACAAAGAGGACAGAGAUCCAAGUUUCAAUAUAGAGUCGUCAAACUCGUCAGAAAGCUGCCAGUCAGUCAAAGACAAUAUUGUCAAACAGGAUCCAGAGCCUUUGACGACGUUGAGCACGAGUAGCACCGCGACAAAUAUUGCGGUCAACUCGACCACACUGACGCAGAACAUGAGGCCUGUCGGAAAGAAAACUAAGUUGAGUAAGGAGUCUAACAGAAGUCGCAGUUCGAACAAGGUGCCGCCUGGCGCGGUGAACCUGGAACGCAGCUACCAGAUUUGCCAGGCGGUGAUCCAGAACAGUCCGAACCGCGACGCGCUGCGCGGCCAGCUGCGGCCGCCGCCCGCGCUGCUGACGCGCGCGCCUCACGCCGCGCCGCACGCCGCACCGCACGCCGCGCACGCGCCGCACCCGCCGCGCGCGCUCCGCCACCAGCCCCCGCACGCGCCGCACCCGCCGCCGCCGCCCCCGCCCGUGCUCGUCAGGCAGCUGCCCGUCUCCGUCAUGCAGCAUAAUGAGAUUAACGAGAAUCGUCCCAAUAACGUGGGGCAGUACAUCCUCGUGCAAAGAACGCCGAACGUGGCGCCCAGAGCGUCAAGCGCGCCGCCAUCCAAUCAAAAUACUAAUGUGAGCGUGGCUCGGUGUCGGAGCGUGGGCGCGGACGACGCAUGCGUGUGCAACCUGCGCGCCAUGAUCCUGUGCAAGAAAUGCGGUGCCUUCUGCCACGACGACUGCAUCGGCUCGGCCGAGCUGUGUCUCACCUGCCUCAUACGCUGACCCCUCCGCUCCGCCUCAUAUCUUGCCUCGCGCUUCGUCACCACGGAAUAUAAGCGAAAUUGCGUCAUCUCGAAACGACUGCUCAUUUUUUUAAACUAUGUCUUGACAUGUGUAAAUGUUUCAUAUUAUUAUGAUAGACGGACUGUAACAAAGCUGAUAUAUAGCUGCUUAGUGAGACAAUGUGCUCACAUGUAGACGUAAGUGGGCUAUUUGUACGUUCAAGCGUACAUAUUCCUGGGGAAUCGAAAUAUUAUUUUUCAUAUUUUGUAUGGAAUUCUAGCAAAUAGCGGCUGACCGUUGGUGUGAUCGGAAUGUGUCAAUACAUUUGUGUGUCUAUUUGUGACUUCGUGCUUAGAGUAAGACUGUGCGAAAUGUAUGAUGGACAAUUGAAAAUGGUUGUUAGGAAUGGUGGUGCUAUCUGUUUUGAAUACAUUCAAUCGACAAGAAAUCAUUAUUUUAGAAAUAUACUCAACAGUGAUUUGUACUUCGACACUAUGUUUGUCGGCCAAGCGAGGAAAUCUGUAUGUGUGGGUCGGAUAUAUCUCAAAAGUGUCUACAUUAACGGACAUUGGAUGAAGAUAGGCUAAUUUGAGAUAUCGCCUCGCACAAGAAUUGUAUUUUUUUAGCAGUAUGAGUAAUAAAUAAGUUCAACUUAUGUAUGCGGACUAACAUAAAUUAGUGCGGAAUAAAUUAACGACGCAGACGUCAAUGUAAAACCGUUGUCUUGCUGUCUUUUAUACUUUACUUUUGUGAUAAUAUAUUACGCAUUGAGUAUCGAAAUAUCAGUAUGUAUAUUGACGCGUUAGUAGCUCUGCAGUAAUCUUAGUUGUUGAUAGCACACGAAGCCUUAGCUCGUAAGCUAAUUUAAAUUUGCCAUUAUUAUUUUAACUUUAGUAUAACUAUCACAAUUUGAUUUAUACGGUGGAUAUUUUAGUUGACUUGUACCUUCGGAAUCUUUGUGUGUGUGUGUGAACGAGCAAGCGUAUUUCUUUGUAGCGGUGGCAGAUCCCGGUAUAUUCUUUGCACCAUCUGAUUACCCAUCUAUUUUGAAUAGUGUUUAUAACUAAGUGUAUGUACAGAUAUUUAUUGACAACGGAAAGGCUGGUGGUUCGAACAUCGGAUGGAUACAAUACGUCAUAGGUAUUUAUAAAUCAUUACUUGUUGUAUUUAAGUUAUUCUCUAUGGCGUGUACACUAAUAUGACACUAAGUUAUGCAAUAUAUUUAUAGUUAUCUAUAAUAUUUUUAUAAGGAUCUUUUACAAAUCGAAGUAUAGCUUUUUGCUAAUUUUUAGACUUCUUUGUAACAUUGAUAUCCAAAUUGUUCAUAUAAUCUCCCUUCGAUCUCUUGUUUUAAUAACCCAAUAAUAUACAAUCCCUUAUGAUUCAUAUUGAGAGUAGCGUAUCGUAUAAGAAUGUUAUUAUAGCGAAAAUAACUGAUUAUCAAGAAAUAACUACAGGUUAUAACUAGUUCGCGCAGGCGCGUGGCCUAGUUUGUGGCAAACAUUUAUUAAAAACUAAUAUUUUUAUAACAACUUUAUUUCACAUCCCAUUCAAGUACCCUUAGUAUUGUAAGACGGAGUAUUAUCAAUAUUGUGCGCCAAUUUACGUUAACUUAUUAAUGGCUGUAUUUUUUUUUUAUUACUUUUAAUUACAUCAUCUCUUAAGCCACAGUAAUCGAUUGUUAUCCUCUUUUUACAAGAUCUGUUUAUAUUACAUUAUUUCUUAUUUCACAGUUUAUACAAUGAAAAAUAAACCUGUAAAACUACAAAAAAUAUGUUAAAUGAAACAGCAGCUAAUAUAGUAUUUAUAGGUAAUUUGUAUUACGUAAUGUGAGUAAGAGUAAAGGCUUACUGCGAUGAACGUAUUCUUUAUUUAAUAAGGGUGACGUCAUUCGGUGCGCCUUAUUUAUAUCAUUUAAUAACCCUCCUCUUACUAUUAGAUCAUCUCUUAUGCCUGAAACUUAUAGCGGUAUUUGUUAUAUUUUAUCAUAAUACGAUCAAGGGACUCUAUUCUGACUACGGGAUUAUAUCCGUCUUUUUGCAAUUAUGGUCAAACUAAUUCAAGGACAGAUUUGACGUAUAGGUAAAUAGGAUUUCUUUUAUUACUCUUAUUAACUACACGGCUAUUAAAGUUGUCUUUCGAUUAGAACGCCGGUAAUUGCAAAAAGAUGGAUAAGCCCCUGUAGUCGGAAUAGGGCCUCCAGACCUUCACCAACUCCUGGAAUAUAUAAAUAGGUAUUUAUAUUUAAGGGUUAACGAAAUUCAUUUAAAAGUGGUUUGGCAAUAUAACUGUUAACUGAUAUUCCAUUAGUAGGAGGAAAUCAGACCUGAUUUUCUGACAUAAAAAUACUGUAAUAUUCCUUUCCAUAAAAAAACAAGCAAUGAUGUAAUUGUGUUUGAACAAGAAACCUCGCGACCAAAACGCGGCCACGUGCUUGUAUAGUUUAGAUAGUCGAUGACGUUGUAUUGGCUAUGCCUAGUAAGUUCAUAGCUACGCCUUACAAUAAAUAAAUGACAUUCAGAUGCUAUAAUAUGUUACGACUUUCAUAAAUAUAGUUAUAAAAGCGUUGCUCACUUGGAAUCACAAAUUUACAUCUGUAUAUCCUUGCGUAUAUCAUUAUUAAUCGUAACUGUUAAAAUAUUCUAUGUAUACAUUGUGUCACAAAUACAUGGAUAAAAGGACCUCUUCAAGAAGUUUUAGAUUGGGAUAUUUAGAGGUGUAUUAAAAAUUGUAAUACCUACAAUAUAGAUUAUGUAGAUUAAGUAAUUUCAUAAUCUGAUCACUGUAUGCAAUAAUUAAUUAUUAGCAUUGUUUAAAUUGUGUAUACUUACCUAAACAAUUUAUUGGUAUAGCGAAAACAUGCCAACGAUUCAUAGGCAGGUCUUUGUUUUUGUUUAUUUAAAAGCAUGUCAUGCGAAUUGUGCGUUUAAUUGUCUUAAAAGUAUUCGCAUAUUGUUAUUUAUUGGUAAUUAGUUACUUUAGGCUGAUUGACAUUUUUUUCUCUAAUAAAAUUAUGUUCUAACGAG